AUGGGAUCCGCACUCUCGACAGUGGCACCUCGCCCAACCGUGCCAAUCGACGCAUACAUUGCAGAGCUUGGUGAUUUAACCUAUACAGUUGAUCUUGGUCAGGGUGGCAGGUUUCUGAAGUCGGUACGGGCUGCUCAUCGCGACUCUGAAACUGUGGUCAAAGUCUUGAUCAAGCCCCCGGCUGGCCUCGACCUUGCAGAGACAAAACAGCGGCUAACGGAUCUGAAACAAGCACUCAAGGAUAAUUUGAACGCUAUCAGUUAUUCCCGUAUCGUUGAAACCGACCGUGCGGGCUACUUGGUGAGACAGUACAUCAAACACAACCUGUACGAUCGUAUAUCGAACCGGCCGUUUCUGGAACCAAUUGAGAAAAAAUGGCUGGUUUUGCAACUGCUCAUUUGCUUGAAAAACGUUCACGCUCGUAACUUUUGCCAUGGUGAUAUCAAAUCGGAGAACGUGCUGGUCACGUCUUGGAAAUGGCUCUACCUGGUUGACUGGGCGCCUUAUAAACCGGUUUCUCUGCCUGAAAACGACUCAGCGCAGUUUCUGUACUUUUUCGACACGUCUCAAAGACGGUCCUGUUAUGUUGCUCCCGAACGUUUCGGAGGGGCUGAAAGGCUGACCCCAGCAAUGGAUAUAUACUCUGCUGGCUGCGUGAUUGCCGAAUUAUUUUGCGAUGGCAAGCCACUAUUCACUCUCGCCGAUCUGUUCAAAUACAGAAGAAAAGAGUAUAUGCCGUCUUUGGACUCAAUUGAGGACGAUAACGUUCGCUCUCUUAUUUAUUCGAUGAUCUCCCUCGAUCCGGCAGAUCGCCAUUCAGCUGACCACUAUUUGCAAGAGUAUCGCGGCACUUUGUUUCCCGAGUAUUUCGAUUAUUUUUACAAACUAAUGGAGCCUUUCUCCGGAUCGGCCGAGAACGAGUCGGAUCUCGUUGUUCAAGCGGUUUACGACGCCUUCCCAACCAUUCUUCAGUCCAUGGAUAUUGCCGUCGAAAAGCAAUCCCACAAGGAAUUGCUCGAGGCGAAGGGUUAUCGUGUUUCUCUUCAUGAAUGCUGGGUCCCAAAACCAGCCAAAUCUCAGCAACCGGCAGCCCUUAUCAUUCUGUCGCUUAUUUGUUCAGUGAUGAAAAGUACUUCAACUGCCUCGAAACGGUUGAUGAGCAUCGACUUGAUAAUGGGCCUCUCCCAUGCCUUAUCAUCUGAAGCUCUCCUCGAUCGCUGCUUGCCUUACAUCGUGAGUAUGCUGUCUUCAAAGGACUCGGUAAUUCAAAUGACAAGCCUGCAGGCUCUGACCCAUUUACUUAUAAUGGUUGAUCAACUCACACCUUUGAACCAACAGUUGUUUGGUGAAUAUUUAUUUCCUCAGUUACGUGCGGUUCUCACCAGCAGCGAUGCAAAGGUUCGCGCUGUAUAUGCAGAGUGUCUUCCUUGCAUUGUUGAACGGGCAAUUGCCCUUAACUCUGAGGAUGUGGCAAGCCACGCACAAAUUGAAGAUCACAUCAGGGUGCUGGUUGUCGAAAAGGAUACGUUAGUUCGUCGUGCUUUUCUCGAUAAUGCGUCGUCUUUAUGCGUUGCCAUGGGCCGGACCAAGGCAAAUGAUAUUGUUCUGUCACAUGUCCUGACUUACUUCAACAAAAAAGAUUCGCACCUACUGGCAUCCAUUUUCCGAUUUAUUGCUCGCAUCGGGCCGCUGCUAGGUUCUGCUUCGCUUGAGAAUUAUGCUAUUCCCCUGAUCCAAAUCAACCUCACUGAAUGGCGCGAUGAAAGCGUUGUCGCUGCAGCUCUCCAGGCUCUUGGAAACCUUGCUGAAUUGGGACUUAUUCGACUCCGAAUACUAUGGGAGAUCAUUGCCUCGGCUAAAAAGUUCUUUAUCCAUCCUAGUCCUGGAAUUCGUGCCCAGGCUUUUUUGCUUGUAUCAUCAGCUGCGAAACAUUUGUCGUCGGCACAAAUAUACUGUCUUCUCGUACCAAUGAUAUCCCCAUUGAUGCAAACCGACGUUUCGGAUUUCAAACAAUACAGAUCAUUGGUGGCAGCAGCUAAACCCCCAAUGGCUCGUGCAGUGUACAACUUGUGUCUCACCUGGGCUAGCCAAGCUCGCAAGGAUACUUUCUGGCGUCGAGACGAAACAACUUUUUCUACGGAAGAUAAGCGUUGGCUCGAAAGAUUGCGAGAUGUUGGCUUUAACAAUGAGGAUCUUUGGCAGAUUAUUGUACUGAAAGAUUACAUUAGGCAAGUUGCCCUUCCAGACUAUAUGGGGGACGAGGAGCAAUCUCUUCAAGAGGCACUGCGCAAAGUAUCUCUCCAAACUUGGUCUGGCGAUGAAAAGGCUACACCCGAGCUUGAAAAGUAUUUGAUUGCCCAUGCUCGUGACAAAGGAACUACAACCGACGCAACUGAACCUGGAAACAGUUCUCCCACCCCUCAGUCUAAUGCGCAACCUUUUAGUGCCACGCUUGUUACUUCAAUUAAAGCACACCGUGGUUGUAUUAAUUGCUUGGCAUACCCAGAGUCCAACGAGGUGUUUGUUACCGGUGCCGACGACGGUAUUGUCAAGCUAUGGGAGGUUGCCAGCUUGAGAAAAGGCAGCUCGCGUCCAAGUGUUACGUUUGAUUUCGGCAGCCAAGUCAAAUCGCUAGCUUUUUUGACAGACACGGAAUUUGUGGUUAGUACCUCAGACGGGAUGUUACAUUUCAUGGAAUGUCUCACACCGGAGAGUGAAUCCAAGAAACCAGGAAAGACGACGUUUAGUCUGGUACGAGUUUUGGAGCUCCCUGAUCAUGCAAUCGCAAUACACUACCAUCGCAAAGUGCUUUAUGUGUUGGGCGCCGACUCUCACAUUUACCUGAUUGACUUGGCCGACAAUGAUCAUAUGACUGACCUGGAAUGCCCCGUAGAAUUCGGAAUCCCCACGUGUUGGGUAUUUGAUCCUCAACACCAAUGGGUUGCAGUCGGCAGUACACAUGGUGUUGUAAGUCUCUGGGAUCUGAGAUUCCAGCUCCUGGUCCAGUCGUUUGGGGUUGGAGACCUGGCGCCGAUCACCAGUAUGGUUUUACACCCAAGCGGAACUCCAACAUGGGUUUUCAUUGGCGGAGGUUUCGCAAGAUCUUUAAUAUCUGCUUGGGAUGUACACACCGCAGAAUGCCGCGAGCUUUUAGUGCCACUUACCGCCGGCGAGCUUCCACUGCCGCCACUAGAAUCAAUCACCGAUCUAGCAAACCGUUUGGCCAUAUGGACUGUAAGUGAAGAUGUUGUCUAUACUGUACUCUCUACGUUCCCACAGUCCGGCAAGGACCAGAGAAUAAUCACAGCAGGCUCAGAUCGCAUAAUUCGAGACUGGAACCUAUCUGCCCCCAAUCUAAGCUCAAUUAUUUCGGGGUUUACUUAUUCACGUCCUCUUCCUGCUUAUUCUGGUCGGAUAGGCUCAGAUGUUAAGUUUCUGUUUGAAAGGCAGUCUGCUCAAAAGAAGCCAGAGAAGCAGUCCAGGAUUACAGCAAUAUCAAAAGAAGAAGCGGAUAUCGGUCGCAACCAUCGAGGAACCAUCACUAAUAUUGGUGUUCUACAUACACAAAGGGCAAUUAUUGUUUCGGCAGAUGAAGUCGGAUACGUAAAGGUGUAUGUUUAA